CGCUCCAAUUUCCCCCACCCCCCCGAACCCUAUCCAUUCCGCCGGCGGCGCAGCAGCACCAGCACCGGCACCGGCAUCCGCACCCGAAGAUGGUGAAGUUCCUGAAGCCCGGCAAGGCGGUGAUCCUCCUCCAGGGUCGCUUCGCCGGAAGGAAGGCGGUGAUCGUGCGCGUGUUCGAGGAGGGCACCCGCGACCGCCCAUACGGGCACUGCCUCGUCGCCGGGCUCGCCAAGUACCCCAAGAAGGUGAUCCGCAAGGACUCGGCCAAGAAGACGGCCAAGAAGUCGCGCGUCAAGUGCUUCCUCAAGCUCGUCAACUUCACCCACCUCAUGCCCACCCGCUACACCCUCGAUGUCGACUUCAAGGACGUCGCCUCGGGUGGGCCCGACGCGCUCGCCACCCGCGACAAGAAGGUGGCGGCGUGCAAGGCGGCCAAGGCGCGCCUCGAGGAGAGGUUCAAGACCGGCAAGAACAGGUGGUUCUUUACCAAGCUCCGCUUCUGAGCACGGGCCUUCUUAGAUGUUGAUUUCUUGGUAUCAGGCACGUAUUAUGCAAUCUCUGUUUUGGUAUUGUCCAUGAAGACUUCAUGCUUAGUGUUAUGGAUCUUGGAGAGGAGUUUAAUUAAGACAUGGUGAUGUUUCAUGUGUUAAAUUAUGUUAAGGACAUAGAUCUGGUUGAAAUUUUGUUGAGAAUCACUGUUUGAGGAUGUGCUAUGAUUAAAUUGUUUAGUCUUAAGGGUCUC